CAAGGGGACACCACAGAUCUCUCAGCCACCAUCUGUUUGACAAAAUCCCAGCACUUGGUGCGACUUGGAGCUCACUAACAACCGUCAACAUGUCACCAAUCUGAAAUACAAUUUUUUUUUUUAUUUGAAGUGAAGACAGCACUGCCCAUUUUUCUCAAGAGUCAAUCGGAAUAUGCAGAAAGCGCAAUGAGAGAGUUUCAGCUUCAGAGGGUCUGAUCAAGAGGGACUUACAAGUCACAGCCAUCACAAUCAGCAUCAGGAGUCUUCCCGCAACCACCACCAACGCCUUUGCCUCUGAGCUUACCAAACAUGGGCGUGUUCUACCAUGAAGAAGAGCCACCAAACCCCUCUAAGAGAUGCAAGUGCCUCUCUGCAGCACUCAAGGAAGCAUUCUCUCAGUGCCAUACUUUCGAUAGACAGCUCUCGCGGUCAACCCCCAAAGAGGAGCAUCCGAUGAGCGAUUCCGAUGAUGAACAGGAAGAGGUUGUUUCGGAGAUUCGCAGUCGAGCCAUGGAGAAGCGAAGGCGCAAGGUGAACUUCACUACCGAGAGCUUUUCCUUUGUCUUCUCUCCAGCCAUGGACGAGCUAUCUUUCACCCAUCGACAGGAUGCCGAUCACGAUGAACAUGACAAGGAGGAAUUCCUGACCGUGAGGAGCUGUUUCACCUGCUGUUCAAGCGCUGCAACUGCUAGCAGGGAUGAGUUCAUGACUGUGAGGACAGACUUCUCACGGUGCUCGAGCUUGAACGAGAUGAUGCUCCAAGAAAUGCGGCGGCGCUCGAUCAUUCAGGAGUUCUGCAACUGUGAGGGGUGGCCGUUCGGCCUGUGCCGGAAGCUCCUGUUGCUUCCGCCUCUGCCCAAGUCUCCAGCAGAGUCAUGGUCAUGGAGGAGAGGCACUAGGCUGAGAAGGAUGCCCUAUAUUUAGUGCUUGUUUGAUCUGGGGACUCUUUGGUGAUUGUUCAUGUAAUAAAUGGGCAGUUUUGGACGAAGUUGGUCGCGUUGCUGGAGAAUUGUUAUCUGUCA